AUGGGAUCCAAGGAAAUUUCCCUGCUAAUAGUUCUUUUGGUGGUGGAAAUCGAUUGCAAGUUUGAGUUCACAAACUUUGAAUGCACUUCCUUUAAGAAGAGUCUCGGGGAUUUCGAGUACUGCUAUCUCAAGUCUAUGAAUCGCAGCUACAAAUAUAUAUCCGGAAGAUAUAAGUUGAAUCAAAUCCCUUUUAUGAAUUUUAAGAUUAAUUUCAUAUUGUGGAAACGUUUAAGUGGAUACAAGCCAUUUCUGUACAAUAUAACGAUAGAUGCCUGUAGAUUUCUUGGAAAUCCAAAAUCAAACCCAGUCAUGAAAUACGUCUUCGAUUCCUUCCAAGAAUAUUCCAAUAUAAACCAUUCAUGCCCCUACAGUCACGACUUGAUUUUGGAAAAGCUUCCCAUUGACUUCAUGAAUCACCGAGUCACAGAAAUUCUUCCAAUUCCAGAGGGAAGUUACCUCAUUCAACUUCGUUGGAUUCAAUCAAAAUCCCUUAUUGCCGAGAUGAAAAUCUAUUGUAAUAUUUCAUAA